GUACACUACAUAGGGACACUGUGCAUAAGGAAAGCGUGUUUCAGGACACGACCGCGGUGUCGCCGUUAUUGUUAUAAGUUAGCUAGCAUGUCCGAGUAGUGUUAGUUUCUCUAUCCGGCUCAGUGUAAACACAGACUAGCGGAAGUGUGUUAUUACUAACUGGACAGCUGUGUGUGAGUGUGUGUGAGUGUGUGUGUGUAAGAGUGGGAGCCGAUCUGUGGUCAGCUGUAAGAGGAAAUUAGAGACAAGUUCCUUAAGGAUUUAGUGGAGUAACUUUGAGACAGGAUCAAUAACAAGUUCAGGCUGGAUGCAGGGCGUUUAGUUUAAAGGGUGUGUGUGUGUGUGUGUGUGUGUGUGUGUGUGUGUGAGAGAGAGAGAGAUCAGAUGUGAUCAGGUUAAUUUACAGUACAGAGAGCUGCAGGAUGUCAGACGGGGAUGAUGAUGUGCCUCUGAUCUUCACCUGGGAGGAAACAGCUGACCUGCUGGAGGAGAAUGGAGUCGGGACCUACGAUGCUCUGAGCAACAUGAGCAACCCCACAGCCCCGGACUCCAGCUGCCCCAAUUCCUUGAGGCAGAGCUGGGAGAUGAACUAUCAGGAAGCAGCUAUAUAUCUACAGGAAGGGGAGAAUAAUGAUAAGUUUUACACACACCCACGGAACCCCCGCGCCCUCAGUGCCUACCUGUUCGUCCACAAUCACCCGUUCUAUCUGAUGGAGCUCGUGACCGGAAUGCUGCUCAUGCUGCUCUCACUGUCCGAGGCUCCGGCUGUUCCGCCGCUCCGACUCGACGUUUAUGUUCAUGCGACUCUGGAGCUCUUGGCGUUGGUGAUGGUGGCGUUUGAGCUGUGCAUGAAGCUCCGCUGGCUCGGCUUUCACACGUUCAUACGGCACAAGAGGACCAUGGUGAAGACGAGCGUGCUGCUGAUCCAGUUCGUCGAGGCGAUCGUAGUGUUAGUGAGACAGACGUCUCACCUGCGCGUGACCCGAGCCCUCAGGCCCAUCUUCCUCGUCGACUGCCGGUACUGCGGUGCCGUGCGUAGGAACCUGCGCCAGAUUUUCCAGUCGCUCCCACCGUUCAUCGACAUCCUCCUCCUGCUGCUCUUCUUCAUGGUCAUCUUCGCCAUCCUCGGCUUCUGUCUGUUCUCCAACAACCCAGCCGACCAUUACUUUAAAACACUGGAGGACAGUAUAGUGAGUUUGUUCGUUUUGCUCACUACUGCGAAUUUCCCGGACGUGAUGAUGCCGGCGUACUCGCGGAAUCGCUGGUCCUGCAUCUUCUUUAUCGUUUAUCUCUCCAUCGAGCUCUACUUCAUCAUGAACCUCCUCCUGGCCGUGGUGUUCGACACGUUCAACGGUGUAGAGAAAGUCAAGUUCAAGUCUCUUCUUUUACACAAACGCUCCGCCAUCGAACACGCCUUCCAGCUGCUGGUUAGCCGCCAGAGACCGGAUGGAAUUUCUCUGAGGCAGUUUGAUGGACUGCUGCGUUUUUAUCGACCGAGGAUGAGAGCACGUGAUCGCUUCCUCACGUUUAAAGCUCUCAACCAACCAGGGUCUCAAAUGCUCAGGCUGCAGGACUUGUAUAAUGUGUAUGAGGUGAUGGGGCUGAAGUGGAAGGCUCGGCGUAGUGGUGAACAUUGGUUUGAUGAUCUUCCACACACAGCGUUCCUCAUUUUUAAAGGUAUCAACCUGGUGGUGAAAUCCAGAGUGUUUCAGUACAUCAUGCAUAUCGUUGUGGCUGUAAAUGGAGUCUGGAUCCUGGUGGAGUUCAACAAAUCAGACAGUUACUUUAACUGGUCCCAACCCGUACCCUGGAGCUACAUCGUGUUCCUCACGAUUUAUGGUGUUGAGGUUUUGUUAAAAAUCACUGGUCUCGGGCCCUUGGCUUACUUCAGCUCUGGAUGGAACCUGUUCGACUUCUCGGUGACGGUCAUCGCGUUCCUGGGUUUGAUCGCGCUGGUCUUCCACAUGGAGCCGUUCUACUUUGUUGUGGUUCUGAGACUGCUACAGCUGCUCCGAUUGUUUAAGAUCAAGUUGCGUUUCCGUAACGUGUUGGACACCAUGUUUGAGCUGUUUCCACGCAUGGCCAGUCUCGGGCUGACUCUCAUCAUCUUUUAUUACUCCUUUGCGAUUGUCGGGAUGGAGUUCUUCGCCGAGGUCGUCUAUCCCAACUGCUGCAACACCAGUACGGUCGCUGAUGCGUAUCGGCAGAUCAACGUAACCGUUGGCAACCACACGGUGCUGCAGGAGGGCUACUACUAUCUCAACAACUUCAACAACAUCCUCAGUAGCUUUGUGACGCUGUUUGAGCUGACUGUCGUCAACAACUGGUAUAUUACCAUGGAGGGUGUGACAUCACAGACGAGUCAUUGGAGUCGCCUUUACUUCAUGACCUUCUACAUCGUCACCAUGGUUGUUAUGACGAUAAUCGUUGCAUUUAUCCUCGAUGCGUUUGUCUUCCGGAUGAACUACAGUCGCAAAAACAGAGAACCGCAAGACGACCUGGAAGAUGAGAAGGGGAUCGUGUUUGAAGUGGACGUGUCUCGUGCGGAAGCUUUCCAAACUCUGGAACUUUACAAACACACACUUACAGGGAUGAACAUCAGCUCGUUGCAGGAAAUGUGUGUGUCCAUGGACAGGAAUGGGCACGCGAAUCUCGUCUUCCAGGGUCGAAGGUCGCGAACCAAAAGUGACCUGAGUAUGAAGAUGUAUCAGGAGGAGAUCCAGGAAUGGUACAUAGAAUAUUCCAGAACGAGUCUACCUCAGCCUGACCGCGCGCUUCACCCGGACCUGGAUAGUCCUGAUCCCACAGUCAGCAUCAACUGAUGCGAGAGAGCGCGCACACACACACACACACACACACACACACACAUACACACACACACACACACACACGCGCGCGCUAAGAGAAAAUAGACGAAGGACCUUCUAAACCGUCUUUCUUCUCCUAAGAGAGGCUGCUGUGCGUAUCGCCAUGGCGACGCCCACUAUUCUCUCCAAGACGCCUUAUUUCUCUUCACAUCCUUGUGGUUUCGUGACCAAUCAGGGAAAGACCGGACCAGCUGUCGGACUGCACUCGGGUCCGGGAACCGUUGUUUUGUUUGUUUGUUUUUUUUCUCCCAGGAAGCACAAAAGACCGUAUUUUUUUUUAUUUUUUUUUAUUCUUUUAAUUUUGUUUUUUAAAGAAGAACCUGAUCAGUUGUUGGAUUUCACCAAAGUGUGAAACAAAUCAAACAUAAUGGAGAAAAACACACACAGGUCACUAGCAGCUUCUUUAGCAGCUACACCCACCCACACACACACACACACACACACACACAGAGUACGCCGUCUCUUAUAAAUCAGAAUGUAAUUAGCAUUAAAACCUAUUAAUAUGUUUAUUUCAGCAAUAUUGUCGUACAUAAGCUCCAUAUCCACAGUACACUUUAUUUACCCCAGAACGCUAACUCUGCAGCUUUUGCUAUCAAACGCGCCAUGCUAACCGUUCCUACAUUUAUGUUUAUUCACACUCAGCCUCCAUGUUAGCUCAGACCUUCCAUUUCCAGAGCAUUAAUCUGGGCUAAUUAUCUAGCUAAAAAAUUCCCUUACUCCAAAAAAUCCUAUAAACCCCACACGAUGCUAAGAAAGCUAACGAACGUUAGCGCAUUAUACAGUAUUUCUGAGAGAAGUUGCCACGCUAAUUCUUUCUCACUAAACUUUAGAAACAGCUCUUACCUGAGGUUGGUUGUAUUUUCCUAAAUUACAGUAACUCAACGACAUGCAGUGAAAAGGUUAGCGCUAUGCUAGGAAGGUGCACACGAUGCUGCAAAAAUGGACCUAAAAUGAAGGAAAAAAAAUCUGAGGGGAAAAUUGAUAAUACAACAAGCGUAGGACUAGUGACUAGUAGUAAAAAGUAGCUAAAUCUCAAACUUUGAAGGUAGAAACCCACUUAGCUAGCUUUACACCAAAGGAUUAGCUUAACAUAGAAGCUAACUAGCAAGAGAGAGAAUGUUUUAUCAUGAUAUAACAUGAAAUAAUUGAGGGAUUUAAAUAAAGCAGAAUGAAGUUUACUGAUGUGGCAAAAUGCUAAAGCGUAGCCUAUACUAGCUAAAGUAUUUCCAUUACAUAUACUAUUAGCGACAUUAGCGAUGUUUACACAAAUCUUUUCAGUUUUCUUUAUGUUUUUCCCCCUCAGCUAAUACAGCUACGAUCCGGAUCUGGUAGAAUUAAUUUAUUUCUUCCCCACAGGCGUCUGGCGCCCCCCAGUGUUUUAACUCUCUGUUCUUUUUUAUAAACCAUGUCGUUUACGAUGUUUUUAAGGACCGAUGUUCUCUACACAAACCUUUCUGUGAAGAUUUGCCUUUGCGUCGCAGAAGCUUCGGAUAGAUUUGAGGCGUGCGGUCUCGAGGCUGUUCGAGUUUCGAGUGAACGCUCGGUACACGGAGCCGGCGGCGGUGAUGGUGUACGGCGAAGGGUUUACGCACAUCUUCUCUUCCUUUUCUAUUCCUGUUCUUUUGUAUAAUAACGUACUGAAUCUAUUAAAUGAUUCAUUUCAGCGAU